AUGGAUUUUGAUGAGCGGAUUCCUGCCUCUAAUAUGUAUUUACCAAGCUGCACUUACUAUGUCUCUGGAGCGGACUUCUCGGGUCUGCCUCACUAUUUAACCCAAAGCCAGUCCUCUUGCCCCGUGACAUACCCCUACCAGUCCUCAGCGCUGCCACAGGUCCCGUCCGUGAGAGAUGUUGCGUUCAGGGACUAUGGGAUUGAUGCUUCCAGUAAAUGGCACCACAGCAGGGGGAGCCUCACGCACUGUUACACUGAAGACAUCGCGCACAGGGACGGCUGGACGACCCCGGCCUCACGGGGGGGAGAGAUCCUGGUGAAAAGCGGCUCCAGUGUAAGCCACUCCAGCAGCGUCACCACGCCGACGCCCGGGGGCUUCUACGGCAGUGUGGGCAGGAACGGGGUCCUCCCGCAGGCUUUCGACCAGUUCUUCGACACCGCGUACGGAAGCACAGAGAACAGCACGACGCCGACAGCACAAAUCACAGACACGGACAGACACGCAGCCAAAACGAGCCCCGCUCCGGCGCACGCGGGCUCGGACACGGCGGAGAGCUUCAGCCCCAAGUCUUCCUCCGGACACAGCGAAGAGAAGCAGAGCAGGAGCAGCAGUGAGUAGAGCCUGCCGAAAGCAGGCAGGAGAAACAUCUAACACGCUGCUCUUAAAGCGUUUUAUAUGCUGUUUUAUAAGCACGGAAGGUUUAUGGAGGGCCUGCAGAUUUCCCCUGGAACAAAACUAUGUUAGAAACGACAAGAUCACGUGCUUGGGAUUGAAAUUGGCCUUGAAGACUUUGGCAUUAAGCUUGUCUUCCUAUAUUUCAAAUUAGAUCUUUACUUUUUUAUGCUCCAAAUCUGUGCGUAAAUUAGCUGUUUAGAGUUAGUAUGUAAACUUUUCCUUCAUGCAAACACAAAAGAAAAUAAUUCUCCUCAACAACCUUCAAAUGCCAAAUAAAUCAGGAUGAUUAGGACGCAUGAUCUAAUUUAAUCCAACACAUUUGUUGUGUCUACUUGUCCCAAAACAAAUUUAUCACAUUUGUUUUCCACAUUGGUAAUUUUGGAUCUUUCAUUUGUGUUUAAUCCAGUUUGGUUGAAGUAGGCUACAGGCAUUUAAAUCUGACUCUGCGCCAGAUUAGUCUUGCACCUCAUUUCAAGAUAAAUAUUUACACAUUCAUUGGAUUUGUAAGGAUUUGACUCAACAACUGCUUUCCCUGGCAUUUGCCUCGCUAACACUGAGACAACAGCUCUUUACGCACAGUGAAAUCAAAUGUUCGCGAUACAAGCGUAUCAGUUACAUCAGAUACCCAUAAAUGCUUUCAGGCCUUUGCUCUUUAAAUACAGCCAGUAUGGGUUUACCCAUUUUACUCAGUUUUUCAUAACUUCCGACGUGCAAUCCUUCACGUGUCCCUCCACAAAGCUUAGUUUUUGUUUACAUAUCUGGGUCCUGUAGGCCUGAGAGGAGGGAAACACUUGAACUCCAGAGCUCAGUCCAGACCACCGCGGAUGCUUCAAGCAGGAAACUAGACUCAUGAUUUCAUGUGGUUAUUAUGUGUCUACUGCAGCUCAUUUGCUAUCCCCUUUAUCUUUUAUAUUUCCUCAUUUUCAGGUGGCCAGAGGACGCGCAAGAAGAGAUGUCCGUACUCGAAAUAUCAAAUCAGGGAACUGGAGAGGGAGUUCUUUUUCAGUGUUUACAUCAACAAAGAGAAGAGGCUGCAGCUUUCGCGGAUGCUCAAUCUGACUGAUCGCCAGGUGAAGAUCUGGUUUCAGAACAGGAGGAUGAAGGAGAAGAAACUGAACAGAGACCGUUUACAGUACUACACCACAAACCCCCUGCUAUAA